UCCAAAUUUUCCAGCCAGCAGCUGGGGCUGACUUCCGCAAUUCUGAUGGAAUAAAUCCAGCACUCCUAGUCUCUGGCAUUAUCCACACUCCCCUGCAGAACGGAGCCCAGAGAGCAGAUCCCCAGCAGCAGGAUGUGGGGGCUCAAGUUUCUGCUGUUGCUGCCGGUGAGCUUUGCUCUGUACCCUGAGGAGAUACUGGACACUCAGUGGGAGCAAUGGAAGAAGACCUACAGGAAGCAGUAUAACAGCAAGGUGGAUGAAAUCUCUCGGCGUUUAAUUUGGGAAAAAAACCUGAAGCAUAUUUCCAUCCAUAAUCUUGAGGCCUCUCUUGGAGUCCAUACGUAUGAACUGGCCAUGAACCACUUGGGGGACAUGACCAGUGACGAGGUGGUUCAGAAGAUGACUGGACUCAAAGUGCCCCCCUCUCAUUCCCGCAGUAAUGACACCCACUAUGUCCCCGACUGGGAAGGCAAAGUCCCGGACUCCAUUGAUUAUCGAAAGAAGGGAUUAGUUACUCCCGUCAAAAAUCAGGGUCAGUGUGGUUCCUGUUGGGCUUUUAGCUCCGUGGGUGCCCUGGAGGGCCAGCUGAAGAAGAAAACGGGUAAACUCUUAAAUCUGAGUCCCCAGAACCUGGUGGACUGUGUGUCUGAGAAUGAUGGCUGCGGAGGGGGCUACAUGACCAAUGCCUUCCACUACGUGCAGAAGAACCGGGGCAUUGACUCCGAGGAUGCCUACCCAUACGUGGGACAGGAUGAAAGUUGUAUGUACAACCCAACAGGCAAGGCAGCUAAGUGCAGAGGCUACAAAGAGAUCCCUGAGGGGAACGAGAAAGCCCUGAAGAGGGCAGUGGCCCGAGUGGGACCCAUCUCUGUGGCCAUCGACGCAAGCCUGACCUCCUUUCAGUUUUACAGCAAAGGUGUGUAUUAUGAUGAAAACUGCAAUAGCGACAACCUGAACCACGCGGUUCUGGCCGUGGGAUAUGGGAUCCAGAAAGGAAAAAAGCACUGGAUAAUUAAAAACAGCUGGGGAGAAGACUGGGGAAACAAAGGCUACAUCUUAAUGGCUCGGAAUAAGAACAACGCUUGUGGCAUUGCCAACCUGGCCAGCUUCCCCAAGAUGUGACUUCAGCCAGCCAACCCCAUCCUGCUCUCCCGUUCCUUCCAUGACGGUGCAGCGAAGUGAUGUACUCUGGAAGGGAGCUGGUGUGCCCUUCUUGAAGCAGAUGUAGUGCUACAGAGAUUGUCUGUUCAGUCUCCCCAUUUGUUUGUGCUUCAGGGGACACUCCUAGACUGCUUUCCUUCUCUCCACCCAAGGCCUUUAUUUUUCAUUGUGGCCACAGUAGGACUUUCCCUAACAGGUGUGCAUCCUUAGACUAAGAGAUGUUAGCACAGCCUGCCCUGGCUGCGUUGUCCUGGGGCCGCUGCUGUGCAGACAGGUAGACGACAGAGGUCGUCAGGCCAGAUGCUCAUUCACAGGGCCCAGGUGGCUUUGACCGCCCUGGGGGGCUAAGGUGAUCUGACUUGUCGAUCUAGAAGUUCACUUCUUUUAUAUCCCAAGGUAGAAAUAGCUAUGUUUUACACCUUGAUUCAUAAAUCUAUUCAUCAGAUUUUGGUGUAAGUUAACACGAUACAGGAAAUGUGUUUCCUUUUUCCUUCUUUGCAUAUUUAAAGUGAACCCAGUAUUUAUCUUUUGUCUAUAACUUAAUAAAUAGCUGUUUUGUAACCACUCAUUUUGUAUCAGAUACUGUGCUCAGUGCUGGAGACAAAAAGGUGAAUAAAACGUAUCCAUUAA